AUGUCCCUUUGCAAAGUCUGUGAAGAGUCGUUGGUGUUGCGUUUGGAUCCGGACGAGGACGUGGAUGAUGAGGCUGGGGUGUCCAGCGCUGGCCCUAGCACAGUCUCGGAAUCAGUCCCUGAUGACCUUGAAUUACCCUGUGGAUGUCACUUUCAUUGGCAGUGUUUGUUGGACCAGUCUUCUGAUGUAGCAGUCUCUCUCAAAUGCCCGAGUUGCAGUACUUAUUUGCCAGCGAACGACGCAGGGCCCUCGGCCACCAACCAGUUCCUCUCUGCACCCUCGGGCGCUGCAAUUCUCACGAGAUAUGUCAACGAGGGUGGCGUUCAGGAAAACCUAGACAUCCUACCAUCGAUUACCGAGGAGGCAUACCUCGAGAGCCACCCCGAGGCCCGUCCGGCUCGUGCACUGCAUGUCAUGUCCGCCGAGGGCGAUGUUGGCGGAAUUGUUGAGUUGCUCCGGGAUGCGAGCGACGAGAUUGAAGAUUUGGCAUCCUUCGUCAGGUACCAAGAUCCCCUUGCAGACAUGAAGAGCGGGCUGCAUCUUGCUAUUGAACACAACCAGGAAGAGACACUUUGGCUUCUUCUCUGGCUGUGCUCUACCAUCCCGGAUGCGGCUUUCCCUGAAACUGCUCGCUCGGUGGCUCAAGCCCUGGGCAUUGGGCGCCUCUCCGUCUCGGCAGAGGGAGAUAUUCGUGGCCUGCGAGACAGCCAUGGCCAAACGGCCGCGGAUCUCGCUCAACAGAAGCAAGCUCAAUGGGCUUCGAUUCUUCAAACUGGACUACUGUCUCUGUAACAAACCGGAGAUAUAAAAGUAUUGAGCCAUGGAUAUACUCAGGGCUGGGUAUAUGAGACAUUAGUGUUGCUGGCUGAACGCCGAAAGUGAGGCCGUCAUGCCCCGCCUUACUCUUGCUCUCGUUUCAAUCGGGAGAGAUAGGCAACUUUUGUCAGGUGGAUGGGCUGGAAUGCGAGGAAAGGAUGCAUGCCUGCCUUGCGUGCCUGGGGGAAGAGGUGGCCAAGAAUGAAGUGCAUGAAUUCAACAAAGUCUAUCUAACAGGGGCACGUCGUUCAGCGCUGGCAGGGAAAUCUACAGACUUCUCUGGACGGAGUACUUACGGAGUAUUGAACUGCCUAUUACACGUGGUGGCUUGGAACGGUGUCUGGGUCCGCCCGCAGGCACUUUGAAUGCAUCCAGGCACCCAGUUAAAAGCCGUGGUUAAACUUUCGCAAUGGAAAUGGACCAGUCUUUUCUCUAAGAAACAAAAAAUAACACUUGUGUCGG